AUGUUGGACGAAAAUGUACAAGAAUUGUGCACAUUUUUGGCUCAUUCAACAAAAAACGAGGAUAAAGUUGUGAUAAUUAAUGUAGAAGGAAUGAAAUGUCAUUCAUGUGUGAAGAAUAUUCAAGAAAAAUUGCUAGAAAAACAAGGCAUUCAUCAGGCAGUUGUAUCACUUGAGGAUAAACGAGGUUUUAUUAGUGCUUUAUUUUUAAGUUCACUUCAUAAUACUAUUGUAAGUUUUGAUCCAUCAAAAUUGGAUGAUAAUGAUAUUGUAGACGUAAUUAACAGUAUGGCUUUGAAUGCAAGCUUGAAGUAUGUUAAUGUUUUAGAUAGAAAUGUAACCAGAACUCCUCAAAAAAUCCCAAAUUUUCAAAAAGCAGUAGUUGAAAUCAGAGGUAUGACAUGCCAUUCAUGUGUGAAUACUAUUGAAGAAACGGUUGGGAGAAAUGAUGGGAUCAAGUCAAUUUCUGUCUCGCUUAACGAAUGUCAAGGUCAGCUUUUAAUCCGUUUCACUUUUAAUGAGCAAAAUCCUAUUCUUACCUUUAAUUAUACAGCUAUUGUUGAACUAAUUAGUGAUAUGGGUUUUGAUGCAGAACUGCAAGGAACUGAAGACUUCGUCGAGGAGAAAUCAGUCGAGAAAUCAUUGUUUGUGAGGAAAAUGAAAGAUAAAAAAGAUGAACCUUCUGUGAAACUUGGGCUGAAAACAAGCAAAUUUUGCAUGGCCAAUAAUGAUUCUUUUGAAAAACGAACAUUUUCAAUUGAGGGUAUGACUUGUGCUUCAUGUGUCGCAUAUAUCGAACGAAAUAUAGGAAAACUUAAAGGUGUGCAUUCUGUGGUCGUAGCACUCAUGUCAUCAAAAGCGGAGGUCGUGUAUGAUUCCAUGAUAAUUGCUGCGGAAGACAUAGCAGAUGGAAUCAAUCGUUUAGGUUAUCGCGCUGCUGUUAUUGAUGAUGGAUUUAACAAUCACAGUGUGCUAAAUUUGCUAAUCAGUGGAUUAACUUCGGAGACUUGCGUGUCACGGAUUGAAUCACAUGUUGUUGCGAGGAAAGGAAUUGAAUCUUGUUCUGUUUCUUUAGUAGCUUCUGUUGCAAGAAUCGAAUAUACUCCUACGUUCAUAGGACCACGAGAUAUUAUCAAAGUGAUUGAGGAUUUGGGAUAUUCAGCAACAAUUGCGAGUCAUGAUGAAAAGCUGAAAAGAUUGGAUCAUUCUGCUGAAACAGCUAAAUGGAGAAAUUCGUUAUUGGUAUCAUUAUUAUUUGGCAUUCCAGUGAUGGGUGUAAUGAUUUAUUUUCAUUGGUUCCAACAUACCCCAAUGCAUCCUGAAAAUCAGACUCCUAUAUUUAUUCCAGCAAUUAGUCUCGAUAAUUUAAUUUUAUUCGUUCUCUGCACGCCUGUCCAGAUUAUUGGUGGAAAAUACUUUUAUCUUCAAAGCUGGAAAGCAUUGAAACAUGGUUCAGCAAAUAUGGAUGUUUUAAUUGUACUUGCAACGACCAUUUCAUUUUCUUACUCAUUUAUUGUGAUUAUGACAGCUAUUAUUUUGAGAUGGCCGAGUAGUCCAAUGACGUUUUUCGAUGUUACUCCAAUGCUUAUAACAUUUAUAACAUUAGGACGAUGGUUGGAGUACAAAGCAAAAGGUAAAACAUCUGAAGCGUUGAGUAAGCUGAUGUCUUUGCAGGCAAAAGAAGCACUUUUAGUUACUCGAGAUUGUGCUGAUGGACGUAUUUUAUCAGAAGAAAAUAUAAAUGUUGAAUUGGUUCAAAGAGGCGAUGUAUUAAAAGUUGUCCCCGGCGCUAAAAUUCCAGUUGAUGGCAUUGUUGUGGAUGGUAAAAGUGUAGCAGAUGAAUCUUUUGUUACUGGAGAGUCAAUGCCUGUUGUCAAAAAACAAGGUAGUACAGUGAUAGGUGGUUCUGUUAAUCAAAAUGGUACACUGUUGAUACAAGCAACUCAUGUCGGUCAAGAAACAACGUUGGCACAAAUUGUUCGUUUAGUCGAAGAAGCGCAAACUUCAAAAGCACCUAUACAACAAACUGCUGAUCGAAUAGCUGGUUUUUUUGUCCCAGUAGUUGUUGGCCUUGCAGCUUUGACACUUUUAAUUUGGAUUUUCGUCGGCUUUUAUAUCUAUGACGACGAUAAUAGGGAUACCAUAACAAAAUGGGAAAUUAUAUUGAAGCGUGCUUUUGAAGCAGGCAUCGCAGUACUGGCGAUAGCUUGUCCGUGUUCUUUAGGAUUAGCGACACCAACGGCAGUAAUGGUUGGAACCGGCAUUGGUGCCGUUAAUGGCAUACUUAUCAAAGGUGGUGAACCACUAGAAAUGGCUCAUAAGAUUACAACAGUUGUAAUGGAUAAAACUGGCACCAUAACUGAAGGCCGUCCACGUGUCAUUCGAGUUCAGACUUUAAUUCCUGAAACUUGUCUGUCUUUGAGAAAAAUGUUUGCAAUAAUUGGUUCGGCAGAAUCAAAUAGUGAUCAUCCAAUUGCAACAUCUAUUGCUCAUUUUGUCAAAGAAUGGCUAAAUACAAAGGAAUGGGCCAGUGUUAGAAGAUUUCACGCAUCAGCUGGAAAUGGUAUUGUUUGUGAAAUACGAAAAGUGGAUGAAAUGUUACAAAAUGUAGGUUUAAGCAAAGAGAAAGCUUCGAAAAUCAACUGUACGAUCAAACUUAAUAAUAACGACGUAUCUGUGAUUAGGAAGAACCAUUACGACAUUAAUGAAGAAACAUUCAGUGUCAGUGAGCAUUUUCGAGUGGUCAUUGGCAACGAACGAUGGAUGAAAAAAAAUGCAGUUGUUAUUGAUAAAUUUACUCAGAAUCUUGUUGAAGAAGAACAGAAAAGUGGAUAUAUUUCUGUCAUUUGUGCGAUUAAUGGACAAAUUGUUGUGGUAGUAAGCAUAGCCGAUGUGGUGAAAAGUGAGGGUUCUCUUGCAGUUUGGGCUCUUCAACGUAUGAAUAUUCGAGUAAUUCUGUUGACAGGGGAUAAUGCUCGUACUGCCGGGGCAACUGCGCGACAAGUUGGUAUUCGCGAGGUGUUUGCCGAAGUUUUACCAAAUCAGAAACGAAUUAAAAUUGAGCAGCUGCAGCAUACAAAAGAGCGAGUAGCUAUGGUCGGUGAUGGAAUAAAUGACAGCCCUGCUUUGGCCACUGCAAAUGUUGGUAUUGCUAUCGCAGCUGGUUCAGAUGUUGCCAUUGAGAGCGCGGGUAUCGUACUUGUAAAAAAUGAUCUUAUUGAUGUGGUAGCAGCCAUUGAUUUGUCGAAGAGAACAACCCGUCGAAUACAACUCAAUUUCUUAUUUGCUAUUCUCUACAAUGCCAUUGGAAUUCCCAUUGCUGCCGGUGUUUUUAUGCCAUGGGGUUUCACAAUUCAGCCAUGGAUGGCAGCUGCGGCGAUGGCUUUGUCGUCAGUCAGUGUUGUCACCUCUUCUUUAUUGCUAAGAUUUUACAAAAAGCCUGACAAGCAAACUUUGGAUUGUGCAGAGUUUCGUGCUCAUCAGGCACGCUUAGCAAUGGGAGAUUGGCCAGUUGUCGUACAUCGUGGCUUGGAUGAUUCUGGAGUCCGACGAUCAUUAUCGAAAUCAUCGCUUAAUUCGUUUAUUUCAACUAUAGCUUCUAUCUUUGGUUCGCAACAAAGUGUGAGUCGUGUUACGCCGUCUGAGAGAAAACUUUUGCUUCGCAGUAAUUCAAAUGAGGCUGGUAAAUCGGAUUCACCAACUGCUCUUAUCGUUUAA